GCGGCGGGGCCGGCGGUCGCCAUGUCGGCGCGGACGCUGCCGCUGCUGUUCCUCAACCUGGGCGGGGAGAUGCUCUACAUCCUGGACCAGCGCCUCCGCGCCCAGAGCAUCCCCGGGGAGAAGGCCCGCAAAGAUGAAUGGACAGAUGUGGACAGGAAACGAGUUAUGAAUGACAUCAUCACAACCAUGUUCAAUAAAAAAUUUAUGGAAGAGCUGUUUAAACCACAGGAACUCUACUCCAAGAAAGCUCUGCGAACGGUGUACGACCGGCUAGCGCAUGCUUCAAUCAUGAGGCUGAACCAGGCGAGCAUGGACAAGCUGUAUGACCUUAUGACUAUGGCUUUCAAAUACCAAGUGCUGCUGUGCCCUCGGCCCAAAGACAUUCUGCUGGUCACGUUCAAUCACCUGGACACCAUCAAGGAUUUCAUAUGCGAUUCCCCGGGCAUUCUGAACCAGGUGGAUGAGACUUUCCGACAGCUGAUUGAAACAUACAGCUGUCUCUCUGCUGGUGAAUUUCAGCUCAUCAGGCAAACACUCCUCAUUUUUUUUCAGGACAUGCACAUAAGGGUUUCUAUCUUUCUGAAGGAUAAGGUGCAGAACUCUAAUGGUCGCUUUGUGCUGCCAAUAUCGGGCCCUGUUCCUUGGGGUACAGAAGUUCCAGGGCUCAUCAGGGUGUUUAAUCACAAUGGAGAUGAAGUUAAAAGAACGGAGUUCACCACUGAUGGAAAUUAUGUUACUCCACAAAGGGAAGGAUCUUUUGAUCUUUAUGGAGACAGAGUCCUCAAACUUGGAACAAAUAUGUACAGCGUCAGCCGGCCAGUAGAGACACAUAUGUCAGGAUCAUCCAAAAACUUGGCAUCCCAUGCGAAGGAGAACACAGUCCCUAACCCUCUCGCUAAAGAAGAAAUGGACUUUUUGGCCAGGCUGCUGGGAGGCCUGGAGGUCAAGACACCUGGUGGCAGUGAGACGGGAUUUCGAUUGAAUUUGUUCACAACCGACGAGGAGGAAGAACACGCUGCAUUGACUAGACCAGAGGAGUUAUCUUACAAGGUUAUCAACAUAGAAGCCACGCAGGAGCCGGGGCGGCGGGCGGAGCUCUCCCGCAUCCUGGGGGAACUGGAGGUGGCGGAGCCGCGCCCGGCCAGCUCCGGGAAGGGCGAGGACCUGCUGGCGCUGAUGGACGGGCUCUGAGCGACAUUAAAGACCUGCGCACAGCCCGGCUGCGAGCGGCGACCGCACGGGGCCGGGGCCGGGGCCGGGGCUGGGGCUGGGGCCGGGGGGCGGGCGCAGUGCGC